CCGUUAUUGAGUCAGUAGGGCAUCAAACUUCUAGUCUGCAACUGUUAGGAACUCCAAAACGAACAAGGAUCAAUGGCGCCAGUUUACUAAAAAUCAACCUGCAGUCGUUUCGGAAGAAUUGUAAGCUCAAAGGAGGUCUAAGAAAACUGAAAAUUAUAUAAUUAUUGUGUACAAAAAUUAAUUAAUCUGACUGGAGAUGGAGAAGACUUAAAAAUGUCCAAAAGACCUGCUGAUAAACCAACACUAAGUGAUGGUAAAAAAUCAAAACUUGGAACGGAAAGACUUGUCACUGAGGAAAAGGGACCUGCUUCAAUCAAUAUUGAAUACUAUCCGCCCGAGUUUAUUUUCUAUGAGGAGUAUACAGAUAAAUAUGGAAAUAAACGAGUGAAUAAGCCAGAAGGGAUGGCUGGACCCAACAACUCUGAUUUGGCAAAAUCAUUUUACCAUAGCAGAUAUACAGCUGAAAAUAAAAUAGGCACCAGCAAAAGGAUGGGGAAAUAUAAAAAAAAUGCUGGAGCAUUACAGUUGUAUAAAAGAGAUAGAGUUACAAAGUACUCUAUACCAGGCAAAGGGGAAAAGGAAUAUACAGCUGUUGCGAAAACGAUUUUCACUGAUGCUGAAAAACAUAAAAAUCUCCGUGCCAAAAUAAAUUCGUUAAAAAAUUCUACUGAAAAAAUUACAUUUGGCCAUACCGAGAUAAUUUCGCUUAGAGAGGCACUGAACGAUCUAAGAAAUCUUAUUAAUGAGAUAAUUUCGCAGGGACUGAACGAUGGAAGAAAUCAUAUGGAGAUAAUUUCGAUUAGAGAGGCACUGGACUAUCUAAGAACGCAACUAGUUGAUACUGAGGGCAAUGAAAAAACUACUUUUGGCCAUGCAGACGGAAUUUCUUUUAAAAAUGAACUUAAUUCUCUAAUAAAGAAUCUGGCCAAAGUUGAUGUUUAUAAAACUACCUUUGGCCAUACCGAGAAAAUCUUGAUGAGAAAAGUGCUGGAUGAUCUAAUUGAAGCUGAUCGAAAUAAAGCUAAUUCUGAGAAAUUAGGUAUCCCUCCAAAGCCUAGUGACUACAAUGACAAAAGUCCCCAUGAUCAUGACUACAAAGUGUUUAACAAUUUGAUAAACAAAGCUAAUAUGUACAAGCAAUAUUUAGAAAGCAAAGAAUUGAUAGUCAAAAUGUGGUCUGAGCGACCGCCAUGUGAUUGGAAGGAGCGUAUAGGGGGAGACUGUUCUACUUUCAUUAAUGAUAUAUAUCCUGAGGGUAGUCAGUAUGGCUACAUAGUUGAAGAUUAUAAUCCAGAAGAUGAAGAUAAAACCGAUGCAGUACGUGAUGCGUUUGAAAGGUUUGUCAAAGCUUAUCAAAAAUACGAACAACAAUCAAACAAUCAACAAACAAAAACUAACACUAAUCCUGAAGCUGGUCCCAGUAAGUAACAUUCAUUUAGCGACAUAGUUGGUAUCAUGCCAGAUACAAUGAGGAAAAUUAGAUAAGACCUUAUGGGGAAAAGCAUUCUUUGAACGCUGGAGCAGUACAGCUAUACAAAGCAGAUGGUACAACUGAACACCACAUACCAGGGAGAGAGGGCAAGGAAUAUAACAUUUUAUCAAGUGAAUGUGUUUGUGAGGUGUUGAUGGCUGUAGUUUUGAAAGACCUCAGAAAUGAAAAUGUCGGUAAUACCCAAACAAGUGAAAACUCUGCCGAUCAUCAAAAAACAAAACCUUCAAAAUACUUCAAAUCCGAUCCAAUCAUAUGCAAACAAUAUUUGGAGAAGAAGGGCUUGAUUGUCAAAAUGUGGUGUGAGCGACUACGUGUAUGCUGUGUAAAGCUCUUAAUUGACACAUGUCCAGCGGGAAGUCAAUUCGGUUACAUAGUUGAUGAUCAUUUUGAUGAAGUAGUGUAUGAAAAGGGGUGAGGUUCAUAACUCCAAGUUUUCAUAACUCCAAGUACUUUUAAAUACAACAUUUCAUAACUCCAAGUAAAAUUAUGUCCAAGUAAAUUAAAACCAAAAUAUCAUAAGACCAAGUUUCAUAACUCCAAGCGUUCAUAGCUCCAAGAUUCAUAAGUCCAAGUUAAAAUAAAACCAAGUAAAUUAAAAUACAAAAUUUCAUAACUCCAAACGUACAGAUUUGCAAGGACCACAAGUCCAAUUUUCAUAACUCCAAGGGUUCAUAACACCAAGUUUCAUAACUCCAAGUGACAAUGGGUACAGUCCGUGCAGGAAACGAUAACGUACGCACACACACGCACCCAUUACACACACACAUGCUGGAAGAGAGUUUCCGAUGUUGGCGAGACUAUUCGAAGUGGUGCGUUCCCUGUCGCUUUGCACGUUCGUCUAAAUUGUAAUACAAAUAGUGAGAGGAUGAAAUUUACAUAUUUAAAUUCUGCGUAAACUGAUGUUUAAUACUAUAUAAAUAAAAUUUAGUUCGUGCAGAUGAUUAAUUUUUAAUAAUGAAAAAUAUGAAAAGGUUGUUCAAUGUAAACAUGAAAAAGUAAGUGAGCGAGGAUUUUUUUUAUUUUUUGGUCAGAUGAAAACUUUCAGCGAGAAAAGUAUAGAUGAUAAGAUGUUCUUCAAUUUUUGUUCCAAACAUUUUUUCGUAAGACUUUUAGUUUGUCCAAUAAUCAACUUAGAUGACCACCACGAGGUAUGAAUGAAUUAGUUUACGCGCACGGUAUUUUAGC